AUGGGAAUAGGAAUGGACUCGAUCGUACAGGCUGCUUCUGCGGGGGCAGGUAGAAACACAAAAUUCCUCGGGAAAGUCUUCCACGUCCCUAUUCACGAUGACGUCAGAUUGAACGCCGGAGCUGAUGAAGAUGGGGUCGCGUAUAAGGGAGCCGGUGACGUGAUACGGAAGCAACUGAAGAAGAAAGGAUUGAGAGGGUUCUACAAGGGUAUCCAGGUCAAGCUGAUUCAAGACGUGGUCAGGAGCGUGUCUUUCUUCUACGUCUUUGCCGUCUUGAAGGGCUUCUACUCGAAGCAGUUCGGCAGGAUCGGGCUACGAGCGAACCUUCUGCUGGGAUACCUCUCAGCAACCAUGAACCUCCUCCUAACCAUGCCCAUCGAGGUGGCGAACACGCGGCAGAUGACAGGAGUGUCGAGCGGGGGAUUCCUGGCCAUCCUGGCUGAGCUCGUGCAGAAGAAGGGCUUCAGCGGGCUGUACACGGGCAUCUUGACCAACUUCAUCCUCUGCCUCAACCCCGCCAUCAAGCACAUGGUCUUCGAUCAGGUGAAAGCGAGGAUAUUGAAGGGUAGACGCGCUCUGUCCGCCAUGCAGUCUUUCUUUCUCGGGGCGGUAGCUACAGCCAUCGCAUCUACUGCUACAUUUCCGGCUGCACGAGUUCGAGCGAUCCUACAGUCGAGCAGCUUGACAGAGGUGAAAAGAGAGAAAUGGAUCGCCGUUCACAUCCUGCGAGAGAUCAUUCGCAAAGAUGGCUUCUCGUCCUUGUACAAGGGUCUAGGGCCGCAGCUCAUGAAGGGCGUGCUGAGUUCGGCGUUGCUCCUUGCAACGAAGGAAAAGAUUCACCAUCAAGUAGACCAAGUCGUGAGGGUGCUCCUUCUGGUCUUGCUCUUCUUUCUUGGCAAAUCAAAACACAAGACCUUGCCGAGGGUUUCAGGCAAAAUGUAA